AUCUUCUUCUUCUUCAUCAAAUCUCACAAAUCUUCAACACUUAAUCACAAAUCUCAAAGCUUCGGAUACCAAAUGGCUCGUACCAAGCAAACCGCAAGGAAAUCCACCGGAGGAAAAGCCCCAAGGAAACAACUCGCAACAAAGGCGGCGAGGAAAUCAGCUCCGGCGACCGGAGGAGUAAAGAAGCCACACAGAUUCCGUCCUGGAACUGUUGCCCUAAGAGAAAUCAGGAAGUAUCAGAAGAGCACUGAGCUUCUGAUCCGCAAGCUUCCGUUCCAGCGUUUGGUUCGUGAGAUCGCUCAGGAUUUCAAAACAGAUCUGCGUUUCCAGAGCAGCGCCGUCGCAGCACUUCAGGAAGCGGCUGAAGCAUACCUCGUUGGAUUGUUUGAAGACACCAAUCUUUGCGCGAUUCAUGCUAAGAGAGUCACUAUCAUGCCUAAGGAUAUUCAAUUGGCGAGGAGAAUUAGAGGCGAGAGGGCUUAAGAAGGAGAUUGAAGUACUCUAGACUGUGAUCGUUAUGCUUAUGUAUAUCUUUCGUUUUCCCUAAUUUCGUGUUUUAGGGUUGGAUUAGGUUUUGCGUUUAUGUUGUUCGAUAUCUAACGGAUCAAAAUCUCUCCUUCCUUAGCAAAGUUUGAAAACUCCCUCCACAUUUUCAUCUCCUUUUCCACAUAACCAACUCAACACUUUUCAAUUUCUAUAACAAUUUCGAGAAAUCAAAACCAG